AUGGAGUUUGAGGGACAACUAAGACUUUCGGGGGCCUGUACCCUCUUAGAAGUGCCAGACCUCAGCUCCUUGGAUGUGGACGAUGAUGAGAGUGAAGUGGUUUUCAGCAUCAGGCCCAAAUCUUCUCCUCUCCCACGGAGAAGAAGCUCCGUCACUGACGGCGACUCGGAGCCUGAGCCACCCCUUUUUGGUUCCAGGAGAGUGUCCUUUGCAGAUGCCAAAGGCCUCAGUUUGGUACAAGUGAAGGAGUUUGACACAUGGGAUGUACCCAAGCUGCCGGGGUAUGACUCCUGUGAGGGUGAAUGUAAACAGGCAGAGGAAUACUUCCUGUCUCCUGACAAUUUCCCCCUUCCAUUGUCUACUGAGGAGCUGUUCGCCAAAGUGCGGGACCAGAAAGUGGAGUUGGAGACAAUCGAGUUACUUCCCGGGACCUCAAUACUGAAAGGAGUGAUCCGUGUCCUCAACAUCUCCUUCAGCAAGGCAGUAUACAUCCGAACCACCUUGGACACCUGGUCCAGCCACUUUGACCUCCUGGCAGAGUACAUCCCUGGUUCCAGUGACAGUCUGAUGGACUGUUUCUCAUUCAAGCUCACCUUAGUGCCCCCAUUCGGGGAGCAGGGAGCCAGAGUUGACUUUUGUCUGCGGUAUGAGACUCCUGUGGGGACAUUCUGGGCCAACAAUAAAAACAGGAAUUACGUGCUUUUCUGUCACGAGAAGAUGAAGGACAGACCACAGAAGGAAAAUGUGAACAGGAAAAGCUGCCUUAAGACUGUCAGUCAGAACGUCUCCUGUGUGGAAAACAUUGCAGCCGUGGAAGCUUCGUCUCAGGGAAAUGUUUCAGCAGUUGAGUCAAAACAUGGUGAGGAAGUGAACACUAUGAAAGCCAAGCAAAUCUCUGACUCUCAGUCAGGAACAUCAGAGGAAGAUGGACGGAAAUUACAGACCGAGAACAGACGAAACAGCAGCCAAAGAAGUCGCAGAAAGGCUGCACGGAUGGCCCGGGUGAGGGACUACUUUUCACAAAGAGAGGGGGGAGCGAGUAACACUGAAAGGGAUGAAUCACCACCAGAAGCAAAACAGGCAGCACAAGAAGAAUCCCCAAAGGAAAACCACCCCGAUGUGCAAUCAUUAUCUGAUGGGAUCAGCAAAUCAGGACUUUCACAGUUUGUUUCUGAGUCUCUAGAAAAAUGCAGCAAAUCCCUCUUUGAUGUUCUGUAUGAUAUGUCACCAGCGCAUGACAACCCAUCUAACAUUGACCCAGAGAAAUCUGAGAGCAACAGUUUGGCUGACUCUGACACAUUAACAGCAGGUGAGAGUGCCUCGAAUAUCCCAGACAACCCACUGCAUUCAAAUCAUGAGCCUGCUCCUGCAGAAUGCCAGAAUAUCAACAAGUCUGUCUCCAAAGCUGAGGGGAAAAGUCAGAAGCAAGGCACAGGUUAUGAAUGUACUAACAGCACUGGAGCUGAGCCAGUUCACAUCGUUAAUCAGGCAGUGAUCAGUGAAAGCCUUGUUAGCCAGACCAACAGCUUCACAUUUGGAACUGUGGUGGCUCCACUGUAUCAUCAGAUGUUUGGCAGAGUGGGAAGUGAAAGUCAGACUGUAGGUGACUGGGGAAAUCCUGUGCAGGCCACACUGAAUAUUGGAGGCUUAACUCAAAGUUACCCCCACACUGAAAGAAAAGAGAGUAGCUGUACUGAUCCAACAGAUGUAAAAAAUAACAAUGAAGAAGUUGAGGGAAAUGUGAUUAAGACUCAGGGAUCACAGCAAGAAUGCUUAGAUACCACACCAAAUGGCCCUCCCCCCAAGGAAGAACAGACAAGUUUCAGUAUGACAGCAGAUGACAUCCGGCAUCGUACAGAAACUCGGCAGGAUCCAGGGAGAAGCACAGGAAGACAAUCUGGCAUGUGACCUCCAAAACCUCCAAAGUACAGCAGAAGCAGCACAGGCUCAACUGCCAGAUCAUACAUGUUCGCAAAGUAAAACUAAUCUAGAUAAAACACUUUCACACACUGAAGCUCAAGACGUCAUGGCCAGUCUAGAAAAUUCUCAGAAUUUCUCAGAACCUGAGACAGCUCUGGAAACUCAGGAAGAACGAAACAAGUUGACUAACAAUUCUUACGAAGAUGAAUCAAAACAUUCAUCUGAAAGGGAGGUCAGUGAUGAGGUAGCUGAAUCGAUGACAAAAGCAAUGAUAAGCAACUUUCCCAUACAUGAUGACAUGUUUAUGGAUUUGAAAGAUAAAGAUACUUUAAAAGAUGAACCAAUUACUGUUUCAGAGAAAAUAGAACAUCAUGAAAUGGAAGCAGCUGUCAUAAAACAGGAUGAUUUUAGCUUAGCAGACACUACUGAAGUAAAAAACUGGGAAAUGUUGGUUGAAGAAGAGGAGAAGAAUAUAUUAACAGAUCAAGAGGAAAAUGAGGCUCCAAGUUUAAAAGCAGAUUUUGACACAGUGGAGAAAGACCAAGGAGGACAGUUGGAGGACGCAGGGAUAGAGACAGCAUUAGAAAAUAGAGAUACAAUAGAGAGGGAAAAAGAGAGAACAAAGGAAGAACUGGCGGAGGAGCUAACAGCUGCAGGAGAGAAUUGGACCAAGGCUGAAGAUGCUGCGGGGAUAGAGGACAAAGAGAGGGUUGGAGAGGAAGAAAUUUGGGAAAUUUUGGCUGAAAAACAUAGGGAAGAUGUUGAGAAAGAAUUGGAAUAUGUUCAAGCCACAAAGACAGAAAAGACAGCUGGAGAAAAAGAAGUAGCUGAGGAGACUGAAGCAGAGAAGAGAGAGGAACAAGAGGAGACUGAAUCAGAAAAAGAAAAACACUUUUCAGAGAUGCAAGACGUUAAUAUCGGGAGGACCAAUGUCCAAGAAGAAGAGGAAACAGAGGGGGAGGAAGAAACGGAAAUUGAUUUGAACAAUGGAGAUGAAGCUAGUGUGGUGUGGGGGGAUCAGGUAAAACCCAGGGAGGAUAACAUAGAAGAAAAGAAUCCAAAUUACAAGGAGGAAAUUCUAGUUGAUGAAGCAGGAGACUCAGAGAUUGUAGAUGCAGACUCAGAGGUCAUGACAAUAGAGGAUGGGGAAGAUGGAAUGGGGGGUUUUGAAGAGAGGUUAGACAUUACACAAAACAAGGUUGAGGAUGGUUUAUCUGCUCCAGUAAACAGUGUGUGGGACAAAAGUGUAAUUGACAAAGAAAGGAAGGGGGAAAAUGCACACAUCCCAACUGAAAUGCAUCUUUACAAAGGGGAGGAUUUUCACAGCAGCAAGAACAUGACACUUGACCGAUCAAAAGCUGAGAAUGAAUCCUCCGCUGUAGAGGGAGACUCGUGCAUUUUAACAGAUGAACCUGAAGGUGACCAAACAGGCCACGAUAGCGCCUCAGCAGAGUCUGACUCAGACGAUGAGGUGGAGUUGUACAUGCACUGUCUGAGAGCUGUUCACACUGGGCCACAGGCCACUAAAGACAGAAACAAAGAUGCAGGUUUUAGUGGGGGCAAGAGGCCACCUGUAAGCAAAAGCAAACUGCUGUCCACACCCAUGCCUUCCAUCAGUGAGUCUCUGGAUGAAGAACAACACCUCAGCUGCCUUCAGGACAAUCAUGAAGACAUGGACAUAGCAGAUAUCCAACCCACAGCUGCAGCUCUGUCACUGUCAAGUGGACAAGAAAGCAUCAAUAGAAAUGUUUCAUGGUGGAAAGAGACUUUUUCCUGCAGCAAUAUCUCAAAAACAUUGUUAUAUGCCUUCUUGUUAGUAGUAUUUUUAGUUGUGGCAAACCAUUAUGAUUUUAUUGCCUGUUUUGGACUCUACUUGAUAUCAGUGGUUUGGCUCUGCUGUCAAGGAGAGAGACAGCAAGUUAAGAACAGCAGAAAUAGUUGAAUUAAACUGCAAAACAAAUCUGUUUUAGUUGUGAUAAUGUUUGUCAUGGACUUCAUGGACACUAUGAGUGUAGAAAAUGCUGACUUGAUACCCACAAAUGUCUGUAGGUUUAAUAGAUUUUCAACUCGCCUUUCCUUUUUUUACUACAUACCAUCAUGCAACUUGAUAUUUCCCUACUUAGCAAUGGUCUAAGUAGAAGAAUAAAAGAUAUCAUACAACAUUGAAUAAUAAAAUAUACAUGACAUACAUCAGAACUCCCCGUACUCCCUAUGGGAGGAUGUUAACUCCAGGGUUGGAAGAA